AUGGCGGCAGUCACGCAGGCAGGAGGAGCUUUCUACACAGUAAAGUACCUUAGUCCCCACCAGAGGUACUUCUCAGGCAUGGUAUCCGUACCUGGUACCCUAGACAUCUACCAAAACUUCGUACCAUCCGUCGACUCCUCAUCUCACAGCUGCAUUCGGGAGGGUAAACUGUUUUGCGUUGAGGCUGAGACAUUGCAUAUCCGUGGGAAAAGUGUGGUCCUGGAACUGGAACUGCCACUGACGAGAUGA